AUGAGCAACCUCGGCCAGAAGAUCAAGGAGGCUUUCACCGGUCAUCACGACCAAGACAAGAGCGAUGUCAAGACUCCUGACGUGAACGCCCCUGGCGCUUUCCCUUCCGACGAGCCUUCCACCAAGCAUCAUAGCGAUCAUAACAAAUUGACAAAGGAGCCCCCGCAUGCAGGACACACUCAUCAAGACAAGUCGGAAGAUGUUGAACGAGGAGCGCUGCAUCAUACUGGGCACUCUCAUCAUGAUCCCGAGCCAGAAACGAAACAAGCAACUAGCGAAGCUGGCAAUUACCCCUACUGGGGAAACCUUCCCCGUGAGGGUGGCGAACACGUUCAUCGUUCCGAAGGGCCAGACAGCGGUGCCACGAAGCAGCAACAUGGGCUUGGCAAAGACUCAGGCCUUGCUACUGGUGCCCUGGCAACAGGCGCCAGCACAGCUGGUGCGGGAUACCUGGGCUCGGAGGGCUCGAAGUAUCAAGACACCAACAGGGCGGACGAGAUAACUCGAGCUGAUGCAACCGAGGACUCGAAGUAUGACCACUCCAAGAGAGACGCCGGGGUUGCUGGAGCCGCAGGACUUGCUGGUGCAACCCAUCUCGCGACCAGAGACAAGGAUGAUGCCGACAAAACUGAGAAGAAACCGACUCACGAGGUCUCGAAGACUCCAGCACAUUCGGACACGAGCAAAACAACUCAACACACAAAGACCUCGACUACUACGCAAAAGCCCGUCGAGACUGCCACUCCCACCAAGACGACUUCAGCGGGUGAUAACGAAAGUCACAGAAAGGAAGAAGCUCUUGCUGCUGGAGCUGGGGCCGCAGGUCUCGCUGGAGCAGGCUACUACGCCUCGCAAAAGGAAGACAAGCCGCACGAGGCUACGCGCGAUACUGGUUCUCAUGGUACACAGGGAAGCACCAUCCAGUCUCCUAGCCAGACUGCCACUUCCCGUCAUGACCCAGUGACCGAGGCUCAAAAGGCCACCAGUGCUGCGGGAAACUACCCGUACUGGAGCAACGACGACAAUGCAAACAGAGCCACGCAGAGCACUGGGAUUGCUGAGGCUGCCGCGCCGUCUAAAACGACCUCUAGUGGCGACAACGAAAGCCACAGAAAAGAGCAAGCCCUUGCAGCAGGUGCUGGAGCCUCGGGUCUAACCGGAGGAGGAUUGUUGGCGUCGAACAGAAAAGAGGAGCGCAAAGACGAGGUGCCUAGCAGCACACGAGAAACUACCUCAGGCAUAGCAGCUCCAGGCAGUCGAGCUCAACGUGACACUACGAGCCGUCAAGAUGACCCUACGACCAGCGGUGGUAUCCACAACACCGUCGUCGGCGCAGGGAGUUCCGAGUACUCGCCCCCCGUGGGAUCCUCCACCACCACUGGUGCCGGUUAUCAGACGCAGGCCUCCAGCCAACCAAGCCAGCCUGUGGCUCAAGCCGCCGCCCAACAAGCAUGGAACAAGCAACAGCCCGCUUCUUCCAACACCGUUGGAGACACAGGCAAGGACAACAGGCACUCGGAUCUUGGUUACGCAGCUGCAGGGACAGCUUUCGGUGCAGGGGCUACGGGUCUUGCCGCGAAUUACGGUCAAGGCAAAGAGCAUGAGACGAACCCCCGGACUGACACUUCCGAGAAGGUUGCAGAUCGCGCCUUGGGCUCAGAUGGCAAGCCGCAUGCGCCGUCCUCGACAGAGGGUUUCAGCGGUGGAAACGACAAGACUGCGUCUUCUGGUUUGACAUCAGGUGUUGCUGGCUUAGCUGGGCAGUCUGGGUCCAGCGGAACUGGGUCGAAGGUUCUUCACAAGUGUGACAACUGCGGUCAUGAUAAUGACAUCAGUCGUUAUUUCAACAAGGAUGCUAUCUUCAGGUCUCAGCAGUAG